AUGAAUAUCCCCGCCGUGGAUGCGAUUCGCCUGUUUGAGGCGAAUCCACGGGCUUUGAUGUUGAAUGACUUGAACGCGUGCGCCAAAGCGCUCAACGAACUCUCCAAAGAGUUCCCAUCGGUGGAUUUCAUCGCCGUGCUCGAACACGAACCACACAUUCUAUCCCGCGAGGUGUGA